GUCAAAGUUUACCUGAACUAAGGAAUUAAUAAAUGUCGAGAGUUGUAAGAUUGUAAAACUAUUGUUGCUUUUUUCUUGUCCAGAAAACUCCACCAAUAACUAUGCCUGGCAAGGUAGGUGUCAAAAUUAAAGCUGGCAGAAAUCUGCCCGUUAUGGACAAAUCAUCGGACACAACAGAUGCAUACGUAGAAAUCAAAUUGGGCAAUGUGACACACAAAACUGACGUUUGUAGAAAAAGUCUUAAUCCUCAAUGGAAUACGGAUUGGUUUCGUUUUGAAGUUGACGAUGCAGAGCUACAAGAUGAACCUUUACAAAUACGUCUUAUGGACCAUGACACCUAUUCGGCCAAUGAUGCUAUUGGUAAAGUGAAUAUUGGCUUAAAUCCUUUAUGUUUAGAAACGUCCGGCCAAACAACACAGGGCAAAGGCACUGUACUUUCUGGUUGGAUACCUGUGUUUGAUACUAUGCACGGCAUACGUGGGGAAGUAAAUAUUAUUGUCAAAGUUGAUUUGUUCUCGGAUGUAAAUAAAUUUCGCCAGAGUAGUUGCGGUAUACCGUUCUUCCAUUCUCCCUGUAUACCCAAUGGCUAUCGUGCACAAGUCAUUCAUGGUUUUGUAGAGGAAUUAGUGGUUAAUGAUGAUCCUGAAUAUCAAUGGAUUGAUAAAAUUCGAACACCUAGAGCUUCCAAUGAAGCUCGUCAGGUAGUUUUUCUUAAAUUGUCGGGUCAGGUUCAACGAAAAAUGGGCUUGAAAGCUAUUAAUAUGGGCGCCAAUGCUGUUAUUGCUUACACACAAUGCUUUGAUUUGGAAGGAGAUGUGGGGGUAGUGGCACGUGGUAUAGGCACUGCUGUGACCUUGAUUAAAGAUACUACCAAUCAACCGAUUUCAGCAGAUAAUGCUUUAAUUGAAGAGUCUUUAAAUGAAAUCAAUGGCAGUGGCAGCUGUACUUCCAACAACAAUAGUCCAAAUCUAAGAAGUGCAGUUUCGCCCAAUACAUCACUCAUGGAUGAGACGGUUACAACGGGAAAUGUGUUUGCUGCUGGGCCCCCAACUGCCGGCAUACGCAGUAAGAUAUCUCCAACACCUUCACGUACUGGCGCAGUAGCGACACCAAUGAGUUUACAAUCCCAAUCGGAUAGUUUAUCUUCGGCUACUACCAAUUCGACGGCUACCACAAUAAUUCCCAAAGAAGUUGGAGAAAUGGCUAGACGUUCCUCGGACUCGGAUUUAAGUGUUACACCUAAAGGAAAUUCAUUUUGUGUGGCCAGUGAUCGUUUGAUGGCAGCCACAGCAAUGAUGCGUAUGGGCCCUGCUAUUGGUAAAUCGUCCAAUUCGGAAGGCAUGGAUAUGUUGGAGUAUCCUUUUCUAACGAUGACCAAAUAUCCACCCGGUCUGAUACUACAUAUUGGAGCAACUGUGGCAGCUAGAUCGGUGAAAUUAUUGGAGAGAGUACCCAAUCCAGAUGAGCCAGAAAUCCGAGAUUCCUGGUGGACAGAAUUGCGCAUGGAGAUUAGAUCUCAUGCCAGAUCUUUAGGUUGUAAUGUGGUACUGGGUUACUCGGAGUUGACCACAAUAUCCGAUGAUGUGUGUGUUCUCUCGGCCACCGGCACGGCAGCCAUUAUAAAUAUGGGCUACAAUCGUUCAAUAUCACAGAAUGAUAUUUUCAAUAUAACAAAAACUGCUGGUGGUAGUGGCAUGUCUGUAUCUCUGGAAGAGAGAAAUGUUAUUAAUAGCGAUCCCUUGACCAAGGAUAUGGGCAGUGGCAUAUCGAAUGGCUCGGCGGGUAAACGUUACGGACUUCCUUCACUUCUAAAUGUGUCAAAAACUUGCUGUACUGUUUGUCAUGUGCCCUACAAUGUCACCUCGGUACCGUUCAAUGUUAAAAUGAAGAAAUGUGCAAUAUGUUUGAAAGGUCGUGUGCCGGAUGUUCUGCUAGCCACUCUAGAAGUGCCCGAGUCCAUACAAGUAACAGGACGCGGCUGUUUUCUACAGGCUCAGGUUGUUAGAGCCAAGAAAGAUUUACGCUCAGAACUGAAUGCUAAAGAAAUUUCCGAUGGUUUACCCUUUCUGGAAUACGAGCUGCAUCGUGUCCUCAUAAAUAAACUAAAGGCCAAGGGCAUGAAUGCAAUAUUUGGCCUAAGAGUGCAAGUUUCUAUCGGUGAACGUAUGAUUGCCUUGGUGGCCACUGGCACUGCUCUCUUCAUCACAGCUUUACCCGUACCACAAGUACCUAAAAUAGUUGCUGGCAACUCUUGGACUGAUAAGCAAAAACUGAAUGAACUACAAAAGAAAUUACAGGAAACGUUUGAACGUUACCAGGAAAUUUAUCAAUUAAAAUCCAUGGAUCAGGAUAUGUUGGACAAAAGCUCCGAUACCGAUGACUCCGAUGAGGAGGGUGUAGACGUAGAUUUGAAUUGCGGCAACAAGGAUACUUGUGUUUUGGAGGUAGAUGAUAUAGAAGAUUUAGAAAUUAUAUCGCUGCUAAUGGAACCCCAGCCACCGGAAGGUUUCCAUGUGGUUAGCACACAAAAAGUACCGGGUAUGAUGGAUAUGGAGGCGGUAAAGAAUUUACAAAUGUUCACGCAGGUGUGGAGGGCAAAAACAGAUACGGGACAAACUGUUAGUGGUUUUCCCAAGCAUUUUCAGAGAUUACUGCAGACUAUUUAUUUCAAAUUGCGCACCAUGAUACCAUGUGCCAUUUGUGAUUUAAAAUUUAAACUGGACUUCCCGGAAAGUGAUCAAAUUCAAAUUUUAGUAACUGGCAUGGCUUUGGGUCUAGGUGAUCCUAGUAAAUCAAAAAACAAGCGUAAAAACUUAACGAAUGGCCAAUCGGAAAGUAAUGACUCGAUGACUCAUACCCAGUCGGCAGGCGAGAUUAAUAGUAAAAAAUUACAACAGCUGCACCAAGAUGAAGAUUACAUAUUCCCCUUAGAUGAGGAUCAUAUGGUGGAGACACCUACACCAGCCACCAAUAUACCGCUAUUUGGAGCACAAUUAUUUAAAAAUCGCAAAUCAUCACCCAUACAAUUGUCCUCAGCUCCAGGGUCCGUUCGACAGAGACAUAAUCGUGUAUACGAAAGAAAUGGCGUGGAUAUAACCCCAUUGAGUUUUAUACCAGGUUGCAAAAUUGAAAAGUAUUUGGGUAAUUUAAAUUUCUUCUUUAUACGAGAAAGCACCUCUAUAAGGGAAAAUGGUGGCAUAAGUGGCUUUGUUCACGGUUUUAUCACAGAGCUUCUGGCUGUUGUUAGAGCUCAUAUAUCAGCAUUGGGUGGCAAUGCCAUGGUCUCGUUUUACCUAACAGAAUUAAUACUAUUCGAUAAUCAGCAUAAAAAUCAAGGCCAAUGUCUUAUAAGUAUUGGUGGCGAUGCGGUUGUUGUUUCAUAUCAUCAAGACGAUUGAUAUGUUUGCCACAAUAAUGAGAAUUAAACAUAAAUUUUAGCGCAACCUAAUCACAAAUUUAACUGAAAGUUGUUAAUUACACAAUCUUAAAUUGCAAUACUUUAGCCAAUUUAUUUCCUAUAAAAGCAAUUACUAAAAAAAAACAAAAACAACUACUUACCACUGUUGCUCUCUAUUUUAUUUAUUUAUGUGUGUUUUUACUAUUACUGCUAUUUAUUUUAACAAUUGUUUAAAUGUUUUUUUUUAUUUGUUAUUAAAUAUCUUCAUUGACAAUCUAAAAUUUGCCAACAUUUUUUAAUUUAACUAAAUUUUGACUUAGCUUAGUUUUAAUUAAUUAAUGCAAUAAUUUAAACUGUGACUAUGCAUAGAAUGUACUUAAACUUGUAUUAAAAUUAAGGUUGAAAACUAAGCCUCAAAACAUAACAAGUUUUUUGAAAUGUAUUUUUGUAAACAGUGCAUAUAUACUUUAAAAAAAUUAAUGAAAUUGUGAAAAAAGUAAAUAAAUUUUAAAUAAAUUAAAAAAAACAAUAAAUCAAAAAAAUGUCGAAACUAAAA